AACCCCUCCUCCCGGCGUGUCAUCUUCUAAAACCUCUGGUUGAGCCAGUUUUACUCCAUUCUGUUUCCUUAAGUUGGUUUUGCUGCGCCUUAGCUGAAGUACUUAAAUACAAGGAUUUUUCAUUUCGACCAGACACUCACAGGUCGGACUUUGAGAAAAGACGAGAGAAAAGGUGAAGUUUCAGACAACAGAAGUGAAAUGCAGGGUGGAUUGAAGCUGAGGAGGCUGUUGCAGGGCCUGUUUCUGGUGCUGUUGGCACCAGCCUACGAGGCCUCUUCUCUGGGCCUCACAGUCCAUGUUGUGCCUCUUGACAGCGAUGGAGGGAACAUGGUUCGGGCUCAUUUUAGCGCCAUCGCCCCUUCUCCUUGUCCUGACUUCUCCUCGGUGUGCGGGGCAGGAGAGGACUGUGUGGCCCACACCACGUCGCUGCCCUUCACCGGCACCAAGCCCAGCCCUGGCUGGUGCGUCCGCCAGUGGCAGAAAACUGUCCCCAGCAAUUACACUGAUGUCCUCACUUUAGGGUCAACUACGCAAUUCUACGUGUCGAUAAAUGCAUCACCAAAAAUCCGGGCAAACAGUGGAAAGAUCAACAAUCCAGCUUAUGUAGCUCUCCCUCCUCCACUAAGGGCCCGUGUGAACUGUCCUCACCGCUUUCAGCUGUCAGUGAAAGACUUGGACGGGGACAGGGUGCAAUGUCGCUUCGCCCAAGCUGACAAGGGAGAGUGUCUCAACUGCACACGGCACUCUUUCAUAGAACUGGAUGAGGAGAAAUGCACCGUGGCGUUCACUGGAGAUGCAUCCCCUGGACAGUAUUUCAUCUACCUGAUGGCUGAAGACGUGAUUCCUGCACCCAAAGCAAACGAAGACCUGGAAAACGAAGACCUGGAAAAACCGCUUAGCUCUGUUCCUGUGCACCUCUCCCUCAGUGUGGAAGGGUCUGCGACCAGGUGCAGCGAGGAAACCAUGGCAAUAAAACAGGCCCCUAAACAGAACUCUGUACUGUUUGUUCUGCCAUUCGAGGAGGUGAAAUUCAGCAUCAGCUACAACUCAGUGCUGGAGAGCAUUUCGGAGAUAGCAGUGGUCGGCCCCCCUGAGCUUUACAGGACUGACCUCACAUCGGGGACCGGACUGAAUGUGGCCUGGAUACGUUCUGAAAACACCUUGACUCGCAUUUUGCCCAUCUGCUUUGUUGCAAAUACCAACAGUUUGCAGUCAGAGCUGCAAUGCGUCUGGCUGUAUCAAAGGGAAAUGAGGACUCUGCCUGCUGGAACAGAGCUGAGGUGUGACAACACAGAGAUGACCCUGGUGCUCCCGGUGGGCUCUCUCAUUAACAUCAACCUGGAUGAGCUGCAGCUCAACAGCCCCACCUGCCCCGUCACAUACAACAGCACACACUUGACUGCGCGCAUCUCCUUGGAUGGCUGCGGCACAAAGACUGUGCACGCUGGUACAGAAUUGGUUUAUACAAACACCUUACAAAGCGUGCGUCCCUACACCAUGGUCAGCCGCAAGCCCUCCCUCGUCCUCCCUCUAGCCUGCCGGUUCCAAAAAGCCCAGGUCAAAGGGCCGCAGUAUAAAAUUGGCGUACCAUCACCUGAGGAGACUUUCGGCACGAUUAGCGUUUGGAUGGAAAUUCACCUCCCAGGAGAAGGCCCUCUGGCAAAAUUCACAUCUAAUGCCAAGUUACGCUCCAAUUACCUACAACCAGGACGGGUGCGUCGGGAGGUAGAAGAAGGAAAAAGCAGCCAUGACACCUCCACGGGCUCUACUGAUAAUGAGUCUGCAAUUGGAUCCAGGAUCCAGCAGCUGGAUCUCCAUUUGAUGUCUAACUGCAGUGUGGAUCGAGCUGAGAUGGUAGUGAGCGAUUGUAUUGAAUCUGAGACUGAAGACUUUGCAGAGAGUCAUCCUAUUAUGAACGACGGAUGUAUGGCGGCCAACAACACAUUUGAGGUUGUUACAACAAAAUCUAACUCCAAGGUUUACCGUCUUAAUUUAGACUCAAUGAUUACAAGUGGAUCAAUGAUGUAUAUCCAGUGCUCAGUGAAGUUAUGCAUCGCCACCAUGCCGUCCGAGAAGUGCCCUGAUCUGUGUACCGAGUCCAGAGAGAAGAGGAUGCUGAUUGGCAGUGUAUUUACCCGCACGUAUACUCUCCGCUCAGGACCCGUGAGCCUUGUGGUCACCACUCCUGCUCCAAAAAUUCCUACUACUACUACUCCAACAACUACAACAACCCUCGCAGCCACUCAAAGCACCUCCACCUCACAUGCUCCAGAAGUGGCCACCACAUCCAUGGCAGUGGGAGUGAUUCUUACAACUAUCCGCAUACUUCUUCAAAACUUCAUCUUUAACUGAACAUGUUGCCGGACGACUAAGAUCCGUCAAACUCUGUGGAGCUAUGCAAUUUUUUUUUAUACUUAAGGCCCUGAGCAGUCAAGUCCCACAUAUGAUUACAUUUGAGUUGUUUUGGAUGUUAAUGAAAAUAUACACAUAACAUUACUGUCAGAAAUAAAAUGAUUUUCUUUAUUCUCAAUGUGCUCCUCUGAAGCCUGAUGGACACUGGCCAAGUCUGUCAAUGAUGUACCAUGUUAUUUUUCUUGCCCUGUACCUCUUAAAAACUUUUUUAUGAUUUUUAAUAAGCAAAUGCAAACGUUAUAUAUUAUUUUAAAAAAUAUUAGAAAAUAUUAAACUGCCUGUUUGUUUUGUGUUAAUGUAGUAAGGGUGCUGGAUUUAUUAGCCUAUACGGGCAUAUACAGGCAGAAGUGUGUCUGCGCCCUCUGCUGGAGAAAAAUGACAAAGCGAAACUCCAGCUCAAAUAACUGGUCUUUGUAUUCAGUGGAUGAAUAACGAGUGGGCACCUUCCAACACUUUAUUUGCCUUCAUUGAAUACUGCUGUUCACUGUUUUAAGCAGGUUUUAUUUAUCAGGAACAUUGUGGAAAAAUUAGAUGUAUUUAAGAAAGUUUGCUAAAACAUUUAUUCAAGUUUUUCCAAUUUUAGAGUUCUGUUAAAAAAUAUUGAAGACAAACACUUAUAUAAUAAACACUGGCCAUAUAUAUAUAUAUAUAUAGAA